GACAGCGGGCACUUGGUCAUCAGGCAUUGGAUCGUCUGGCAUGACAGCGGGCACCGGGUCAUCAGGUACCGGAUCGUCUGGCUCGACAGCGGGCAUCGGGUCACCAGGCAUGACAGCGGGCACUGGGUCAUCAGGCAUUGGAUCAUCUGGCUCGACAGCGGGCAUCGGGAUCACCAGGUAUGACAGCGGGCACUGGGUCAUCAGGCGUGAUAGCGGGAUCAUCAGGCUGGAUCAGUUCGGGUCACCACGGAUCGUCUGGCUCGACAGCGGGCAUCGGGUCACCAGGCAUAACCGGGGCACCGGGUCAAAAGUACACUAAAUCUGGAUCGACAUGCGGGCA